CAAUGCCAAGCUACGACCUUCUAUCAAUCAUCGCAAUGUCAAGCUACGACCCCCUAUCAAUCUCCACAAUGUCAAGCUACGACACUGUAUCCAUCUUCACAAUGCCAAGCUAGGUCAAUCUAUUAUUCUUUACAAUGUCAAGCUACGACCCUCUAUCAAUCUUCACAAUGUCAAGCUAGGUCCCCGUAUAAAUCUUCACAAUGUCGAGCUACGACCCUCUAUCAAUCUUCACAAUGUCCAGCUACAAUACUGUAUCAAUCUUCACAAUGUCAAGCUACGACCCUCUAUCAAUCUUCACAAUGUCCAGCUACAAUACUGUAUCAAUCUUCACAAUGCCAAGCUCCGACCCUCUAUCAAUCUUCACAAUGUCAAGCUACCAACCUCUAUCAAUCUUCACAAUGUCCAGCUACAAUACUGUAUCAAACUUGA